CCUUAAAAAUAUCAUCACUCAUCCACUUAUUGGGAUAGCAGAAUGCAUUGGCUUGUCUUUCUUCACUGCUGCACAGAAACUGAAAUAGUUAGCUCCCACAAAUGUAAUGGAGGCUAGCAUGUAAAUUCCCCACACUGAUAGAAGAACAGACCUUCAUGGUCCACAUUGAGAUUUGGUGAAAAGAUGUUUUUUGAGACUAUCAGUAGUAGACUGGUGGAAUUUUUGGCAGAAUAAUGGGUAUGCUUUCCUCUAAGUGUAAUGAUACCAUUACUGGUAUACAAUAAUCUCCAUGACUUUGGUGUUCUUUCUUUCUAUUUAGUAUGUAUUUAGGGCUAAUUAACAACUUCCUUGCUGGCAUUUUUCAAACAUUAAGGGCCAAAUUCUGAAAUGAUUUAUUGUAUAAGGAGGUAUAAGUUACAUGGCGGUAAAUGGAUAUGAGUCUCAGGGAGUCCUAAAAUGGUGGUGUAUGUACUGAGGGGGGUGGAGAGAGAGGUAGAAGAUUAUAUAAAUUAUACAAGUUUAGAUUCGUCUCAGAUUUUGUCUCCAAGAGUCCACAUUUACCAUCAAGGAAAAAUAUUUUUAAAACUUUAAUUGUGAUGGAACACAGCUCCAGCAUGAUAUUUUGUAAAUAUGUCACUCCUUUCCCAAAGCCAGCUUCAUUUUCUCUGGGUGGUUUCAUAAUGUUCACAGCUGUGGGUCAGAGCCCUUCUUGAUUGCCGCAUGAGUGAUUUAACAGCUGGUUGCAGCCAAUUUUGUUUUGUUUACCUCUUCAGCUGUAGUUUAGCCAACGUUAUCUCUAAAAGACAGAUCACUCUGAUCUUUGCCAUAUGAAGUUAACAAAAAAAAACAAAUGGUAUGUUAAGGGUUAGAACAAGAAGUAAUCUGAAAAUGACCUCUUCCUUCAAGGCUUAGCCCAAAGGCUUCCAAACUGCUCUGAGGAGCACUUGCUGUUUGAGGAAAGUGGCUGGGUGUGCUGUGCUAGAUCUCCAUGUUUCCAGCAGAUGAAAAUGGAACAUGUAGGAAGGGUAGAUACAAUGAAGAGCAAGAGUAGGAGGCAUGAUUACCUCCUCCCCCAUCCUCCCAUUAACACUACUUAACAUUCUUUUGGACCUGGAAUGGCCAGUCAACAAGCAGAAGUUCAGAGUUUGAAACUAGAUAAUGAUUCGGUUAUAGAAGGAAUAAGUGACCAGGUACUGGUGGCUGUAGCGCUCAGUUUCACUUUCAUUGCUGCUCUGGUGUAUAUGCUUUUAAGAAAUGAGCAUCAGAACAUUCAUCCAGACAACCAAGAACUAGUGAGGGCACUUCGGCAGCAGCUUCAAACAGAACAGGAUGCAUCUGCUGGUGAUAGACAUCGUUUCUAUACUGACAUGUCCUGUCCAGUCUGUUUACAGCAGGCUACAUUUCCCAUCGAAACAAACUGUGGACAUCUUUUCUGUGGUACGUGCAUUAUUGCAUACUGGAGGUAUGGCUCGUGGCUGGGUGCCAUCCGUUGCCCAAUCUGCAGACAAAUGGUAACAUUGCUUUUACCACGCUUCAGUGAAAAUCAGCAGGAUGCAGCACAAGUGCUUCAGGAUGUCAAUGAUUACAACCGGAGAUUCUCAGGACAGCCCAGAUCUAUUAUGGAAAGAAUUAUGGAUUUACCCACUUUACUGCGGCAUGCUUUCAGGGAGAUGUUUACUGUAGGGGGCCUUUUCUGGAUGUUCCGUAUCAGAAUAGUCCUCUGCCUGCUAGGAGCUUUGCUCUAUCUGGCUUCACCUCUGGAUUUUCUUCCUGAAGCCCUCUUUGGAAUUCUGGGAUUUUUAGAUGAUUUCUUUGUCAUCUUUCUGCUGCUGAUAUACAUCUCUAUCAUGUACCGAGAAGUAAUAACGCAGAGACUGAAUAGAUAAUGAGUGGAAACAAUCAUGAUACAGAAGUUUGUGUGGAAUGCUGAACAAAGGGAACCAUGACAGUAUGACAUAGUAAAGCACCUGUAUAAACUUUUAGUUUUUGCAAUUAAAUAGCUUGUAGUAAAUUACUUUGUGCAAAUGUGAGGGGUUAAACUGUGGUGAUGCUUAACUGGAAUCUUUAAUUUGUGUUACAUACGCUUAAAUAUUGAAGAGGUUAGAUUUAUGAUGUAAUAAAUUACCUACAUCUGCUUACUCCCAAUGAGCAAUUGUAUGUAAUGCAAGAUAAUGCUAGUUAUAAAACACCUCUUCGUGUGUAGUUUGUGAAAGGGAAGUUCUAUUUAUGUGAUGUCAGGACUUCAAACAAAAAAGAAUUCAGAUUAGCUUGGCGCAUUAAGACACUUCAAUAUAUAGCUUAUCAAACAGCUUAAUGUCUCACUGUGGUGGGUCAAAGUAUUUUUAAAUAACAAUAGUUUUUCAUAUCUGUCUAUGCAAGAAGAAACCCAAAGACAGCAUUACAGGUUGACGCAGUGAAUUUUACUGCUGUACACAAUUCGUAUUGCACAAAGAGAAGAAAAAACACUUCAGUGUUGCUUUAACUGCACUAUGUAUUAUAUGUAUUUCCAACUAUUUUACUUUUCAGUUUUGGGGGGAAAAGGCUUUCCGUGAGGGCCAAGAUGAAGAAACCAGGAAUAGUCAACACUUUGGUGACUGGCACUGAUUAAUCUUUUUUCACAUAGGUUUUGUGUACAUUAGCAGUACAGUAUUUGAACAUCGGGUAAGUUGCACUGUUGUAAGCCCUACUUUAUAUCCCCCUGCAACACAUUUAAACUGGGGGUUUGCAUCCAUGCAGCUACAUCAAAGUAAUUUACCACUGCAAAAAAACCCUGUAGGUUUUUAGUAGCAAUUUGUUUGAAAGUGGAAAUCCAAAGUGUAUGUCAUAACAGGAUAGUUUUUACACUUAAAAUUUUACCUGAAUAUGGAUGGUAAUUAAUAAAGUAAUUAAAGUA